GCCGAACAUUUUCUAAGGCGCCAGAGUUGUACGGAAGUAGACGAGCGGCCUCGGAGGCUGGGCUAGCUACUUCGGGCGUGCGCAGAGAGGAAGCGGAAAUGCGUGAGCAGCAUUAAAGGCGGUGCCCCGCCCCAGCCUUGCUCUUUCCGUCUCCGGCCGCCGCAGCGAGAAGAGCCGCCGCCAUGUCUGCGCAUUUGCAGUGGAUGAUUGUGCGGAACUGCUCCAGCUUCCUGAUCAAGAGGAAUAAGCAGACGUACAGCACGGAGCCCAAUAACCUGAAGGCCCGCAACUCCUUUCGUUACAACGGGCUGAUUCACCGAAAGACGGUGGGCGUGGAGCCCGCGGCCGACGGCAAGGGGGUCGUGGUGGUCAUGAAGCGGAGAUCAGGGCAGCGGAAGCCAGCCACCUCCUACGUGCGCACCACCAUCAACAAGAAUGCACGCGCCACCCUCAGCAGCAUCCGCCACAUGAUCCGCAAGAACAAGUACCGCCCGGACCUGCGCAUGGCCGCCAUCCGAAGAGCCAGUGCCAUUCUGCGCAGCCAGAAGCCUGUGAUGGUGAAGCGGAAGCGGACCCGCCCCACCAAGAGUGCCUGAGCCGCCCCCAAGCAAUAAAGAGCCUUGCUUUCCCAUGGCCCUGGGCCAUGUCACACA